AAAAUACGUAUUUUAUAAUUAUGGCCUGGAAUCGAGGCUAGUCUAGCUAGCUAGCUAUAACAAUUUAAUUAAAAGUCAACUUUACUAGCAAUGUUUUCUUUGCGAGAUGAUGCUGACUUGAGGGAGUUUGUGCUGGAGAAUGUGGAGCACUUUGGAGAGGAGAGAGUUCUAGGAACUGGCUCCUAUGGCUCUGUUCAAGAGGUGAUGAUCAAUGGUGAGUUGUAUGCAGCCAAGAAGAUCCACGAGGUUCUCCUGGAGACGGACAAGCGUGGUGGAGUGGCCAACCUAGCUGGGAACUACCGCCGAGAGUGUCGACUCAUGGCUCGCAUCCGUCACCCCAACAUCACCCAGUUCAUUGGGCUGUGUUUCGUGACUGGCUCUCGACUGCCCCUCCUGGUCAUGGAGAGGCUGGACUCAAGUCUGGACGAUCUCCUGGAGUCCACCCCCAACAUCCCCCUCUCUGUCACCCAGUACAUUCUGGUCUGUGUGGCUCGAGGCCUGCUCCACCUGCAUCGUGAGUCCGUGGUCCAUCGUGACCUCACUGCCAGGAACGUCCUGCUGACAGUAUCUCUGAGAGCCAAGAUCACAGACUUUGGUAACUCUCGUAUCGUGAAUCUAGAGCCUGGUCGACUGGCCAGGACUCUGACGAGGUUUCCUGGGACAUUGGUGUACAUGCCGCCCGAGGCCCUCUCUGACAGAGGCCACAGUGUGUACGGACCCAGUCUGGACGUCUUCUCUUUUGGAGUGCUGCAAUUGUUUGCACUCACACAAGUGUUUCCAGGAGAUCUCCUUGCCCCCACGUACAGCGACCCCAACAACCCAGACCACCUCCUGGCUCGCUCAGAGUUUGAGCGUCGAGGUCCCUACACGGCUCUCCUUGAGAGGAGUCUGGCGGGUGGACGUGAGCACCCUCUGUUUGGUCUGGUGAGGGAGUGUCUGGCCAACACCCCAGAGAGAAGACCGACCACCGCUGAGCUCCUCUCGUCUCUGGAGGAGGUGGGGAGGGAGAUGGACGGAGGAUUGCUCCAGCUGGACAUUGCACGAGUGAAGACUGCCAGGACCCUCAGGGCAAAGGAGAAGAGGAUAGAGGCUCUACAGAGAGAGGUGGUCCAGAAGAACAGGAUACUGGAGAGGAAAGAUGAGCAAGUAGCUACUCAGCUUGCUAGGCAACAACAAAUAUUGAAUAGUGUCUGUGCCACCAAAGAUGGUAUGAUUGCUGACAAGGACAGACAACUCAGUGAACAAGAGUCAACGAUUGCUGAUCUCAUUUCUCAGAGAGAGGGUGCUCUAGUUGAGAGGGCCGCUCUCUUACAUACACACAGGGAACAGAUUAAGCACAAAGAUGCUGAGCUGGUCAGGAGAGACGCCAUCAUUCAACAGCAGAGACAGGGUCCCCCUCCCAGAGAGUUGAGACCUCCACUCACUCUGAAAUGGAGAAGAGGAAAAGACAUGCCAUUCAAGAUGGGUUACUCGGUACAUAGUGUUGUUAUCGGUGACACCGUGUAUGUUGGUGGAGGUGAUACAGGCAAUGAUCAUAACAGGUGUACAGUGAUGAAGCUCGAGCAAGAUCAAUGGACCAAAUUACCAGAGUACACUGCCAAGUGGUUCGCUAUGACAUCACUCGCUAAUCGACUAGUGCUGGUGGGAGGAGUUGAUCCAAGAAACAACAAACCAACCAAGAAACUUGCAAUGUUUAAGUCAGGGGAAUGGACUCACCCGUACCCACCAAUGAACAUUGCUCGUGAUUCCUCAACAGCUGUUUCCUUCAACAACCGCAUCAUUGUAGCUGGUGGGGAGGAUGAUAAACGACGUACCUCCUCCUCUGUGGAGGUAUUGGACGUGGCAUCAAGAAGAUGGUACAUUGCUCAGUCACUACCUAACCCACUAUCAUAUCUGAAAUCGACUCUCAUAGGAAACACCCUCUACCUAAUGGGAGGAUACGAUCACACUGGGGGGGCAACCAAGACAGUGUACCACGUCGACCUCAAUGAACUCAUUGCAAAGGCCCUUUCAAACCUGGACACACCCAUUGUCUGGCAGACCUUACAGGAAGUACCACUCGUGUGUUCUGCUCCUCUCAGUAUUGGGAGUUCACUAUUAGCCGUUGGUGGACAGGACGACAGAGGCAACCCAAAUUUAUCGAUCCACCUCUACCAGCCUGACACCAGGAGGUGGGUGAAAGUGGGAGACCUGCCUACUGCACGAUACUUCUGCACAUGCUCAGUACUUCCUAGUGGAGAGGUUGUUGUAGCCGGAGGACAGACAAAAACAUUUAUUAGUUACAAUAUUCAAACUGUAGAUUUCUUCUUACUUAGUUAUUUUGUUAUUAUAUGUUUCUCAUAAAGUUGCAACAGAAUUUAGAAUUUCAUCGUAUAA